AUGUAUCCAAAAAGUAUCGUGGUGCCGACAACGGAUUCAAACCCGGUUCAUUUGAAGGCGAUGCAACAAUUACUUGAUAGCCAUAAAGGCGCUGCAUGUUUUCGCGAUAAACCAUUUCCCCAAUUCGAUAAUUUGUGUCAAAUCUUUGGUAAGGAUAGAGCUACUGGUAAUGGAGCUACUGAUCUUGGAGAAGAUGUGAUUGAAGAGACACAAAAAAAUUCACCUAUUCAUGUGUAA